AUGCGUUUCUUCCAGAUCAUCAUCGCUUGUGCUUUUAUAUCUUCCGCGCAAGCUGCACCCUCUUCAGGCGGAAGGCGAACUUGUGUGGUGCCAGCUAGUGGUACAAACCAAACAGACGAUGCGCCCGCUAUACUAAAAGCAUUCAAGAAGUGUGGGAAGGGGGGAAGGGUGGUCUUUGAAGACAAGACGUAUUAUGUUAACUCUGCCCUGAAUAUUACAUGGCUGGAAGAUGUUGAAAUAGAUGUCUAUGGUACACUGUUGUGGAGUACUGACAUCCAAUAUUGGUUGAAUAACUCGUUACCCGUUGGUUACCAAAACCAAUCUACAGCUCUAGUGUUAGGCGGAAACAAAGUCACUCUUGACGGGCAUGGUCAAGGUAUAUUCAAUGGCAAUGGCGAUUUCUGGUAUCGUUGGAUCAGCCAGCAAGAGAAUUCGUCCAACUACCCCGGCCGGCCCCAUGCAGUCACAUUCAACGGACUGACAAAUUCCAUCGUGCGUGGCUUGACGUUCCUGCGCAGUCAGAUGUGGUGCGUGGUCAAGUUCGAUGUGCGAGCUAAUAUGGGUACUAAUUUCAUCAGGACUAUGUCAAUCAUCUACUCCCAUCAUGUCGAAUUGUCACAUAUAUUAGUAAAUAAUACCGGGAAUUUUGUCGAUAGCUGUAACGUCCGUCCCUGCGUAACGAAAAACCCUCCGUGCCGAAAAGGAUUCUACAAAUAG